AAAAUAAAUUAAUAAAUAAUAAUAAUAAUAAUAAUAAAUCCCCAAAGCGCAAAAAUCCUCCCGAAGAUAUUCUUCCUCCGCCGAUCGGAAUCCUCCUCGCCGGAAUAUUCCAGAGAUUCGUCUGUUUUAAUUCAGGAUGGAGACGGAUCCGGCCGACGAGCCGUCGGAAUCGCUGUUCCACAGUCGCCGGCGGUGGUGCUGCUCCUGCUUCUAUCCCUGUCUGGAUCGGCUGCGCACGGCGAACGUCGACGGAGGGGGCGGCGGAGGCACCGCCCUGUGGCGGCGCGGCGUCGGCGCGUUGAAGAAGAUCCGUGAGUGGUCGGAACUGGUCGCCGGACCGCGGUGGAAGACGUUUAUCCGGCGGUUCAACCGGAGCGGGCGGAGGAACGUGAAUUUACAUUACGACCCCUUGAGUUACGCCAUGAAUUUCGACGAAGGGCCGGGGCAAAACGGUCAUUUCGAGGAGGGAGCGGAUGAUGAGUACUUCUACGGUUCUCGGAACUUCUCGUCCAGGUACGCCAGAGGGUCCAUGGACCUCGGGAAAGAAGAAGGUCCUGCGGCAGUUUAAUCUGGACCGUCCGUCGGAUCGCGGUGGACGGAUGGGAUUUUGCUGGUCGGUUUUCGCUGUAAGUUUGAUUGGAGUUUUAUUUUAUUUUAUUUUUUCGUGUGAUUAUUAAUAAUGUAAUUAAUUGAGUAGUGUGGUGAGUGACUUAUGAAAUAUGUAAGAAAAAUUUUACAAAUUAAAUAUUAAUGUGUGUAAGUUUUGGUUUUA